UACAACAGAACCCACGCUAAUUACUCCUUGGCACUUCACUCUGCAUUACCUUACAUUUUCACUCUUCCAAAUUCAUGUUUAUUCAAAGUUUGAUUCCAUUUAAAGUCCCAACACGCUAACAUUUGUGACUCGAGACUUUGUUCUAAUGGCAACUCCAAGUUCCCGUAGAUUCACGUACGAUGUGUUCCUCAGCUUUAGAGGGGAAGACACGCGUUAUGAUUUCACUGGUAAUCUGUACAAAGCUCUGUGUGACAGGGGAAUUCACACUUUCAUCGAUGAUGAGGAGCUUCAGAGUGGAGAGGAAAUCACAGCAGCACUUGUGAAGGCAAUUGAAGAGUCUAGGAUUGCCAUCGUUGUGCUCUCUCACAACUAUGCUUCUUCCUCCUUCUGCUUGGAUGAACUUGCAACCAUCCUUCACUGCCAGAGGAAAGGGCUGUUGGUUAUACCAGUGUUUUAUAAGGUGGAUCCUUCUUAUGUAAGACAUCAGAAAGGUAGCUAUGAAGAAGCAUUGGCUAAGCAUCAAAAGAGGUUCAAAGCGCAGAAGGAGAAGUUACAUAAAUGGAAGAUGGCUCUGCGUCAGGUUGCUGACUUCUCUGGCUAUCACUUCAAAGAUGGAGAUGAAUACCAGUACGAGUUUAUUGGGAGGAUUGUUGAACGGGUUUGUAGGGAGAUUAAUCGUGCUCCUUUAUAUGUUGCGAAUUACCCAGUUGGCCUACUGUCACAGGUGCUGAAAGUCAAGAAACUUUUGGAUGUUGGAUCUGAUGAUGUUCGCAUGAUAGGGAUCCAUGGAAUGGGUGGGUUAGGAAAAACAACACUUUCUGUAGCAGUGUAUAAUUUGAUUGCUAAUGAUUUUGAUUGUUUAUGCUUUCUUCAAAAUGUAAGAGAAGAAUCAAAUAAACAUGGGUUAAAACACCUCCAGACCAUCCUUCUUUCAAAAACACUUGGAGAAAAGCACAUCAACUUAGCUAGUGAACAUGAAGGAAUUUCAAUGAUACAACAAAGGUUGCAGCGAAAGAAGGUUCUCUUGAUUCUUGAUGACGUUGACAGGUGCGAACAGUUACAAGCACUGGCUGGAAGCCCUGAUUGGUUUGGUCCCGGCAGCAGGGUCAUCAUCACAACUAGAGAUACACAACCGCUUGCAUCUCAUCAGGUCAAAGGAACAUAUGAGGUCAAGACAUUGAAUGCAAAGGACGCUCUUCAGUUGCUUACAUGGAAAGCUUUCAAAACGGAACAGGUUGAUCCAAGUUACAUGGAGGUUUUGAAUGAUGUAGUAACUUAUGCUUCUGGCCUUCCAUUGGCUUUGGAAGUAAUUGGUUCCAACCUGUUUGCAAAAAGUGUGGAAGAGUGGAAAUCUGCUAUCAAUCAAUAUAAAAGAAUUCCUAACAAUCAAAUCCUAAAGAUACUUAAAGUAAGCUUCGAUGCUUUGGAGGAAGAAGAGAAGUGUGUUUUUCUUGACAUUGCUUGUUGCUUCAAAGGAUAUAAAAUGACAAAGGUUGAGGUUAUGCUUCGUGCUCUCUACGAUGACUGCAUGAAACAUCAUAUUGGGGCGCUGGUUCAAAAAUCUCUCAUUAAGAUUUAUUACUCUACUACAAUUGUAAUGCAUGAUUUAAUUUGGGACAUGGGUAAACAAAUUGACCAGAGAGAAUCAUCGAAAAAGCCAGGAAAGGGAAGGAGAUUAUGGUUACCUAAAGAUAUAAUUCAAGUUUUAAGGGACAACACAGGAACUAGGGAAACUGAAAUCCUAUGCCUGGAUUUGUCUAUAUCUGAGAAAGAAGAAACGCUAGAAUGGAAUGCCAACGCCUUCAAAAGGAUGAAAAACCUUAAAAUACUUAUCAUUAGAAAUGGUAAAUUUUCCAAAGGUCCCAAUUAUUUUCCAGAAAGUUUGAGAAUACUGGAAUGGCAUGGAUACCCUUCAAAUUGUUUACCUUCAAAUUUUCAUCCAAACAAACUCGUGACAUGCAAGUUGCCUAACAGUCCUUUUACGUCAUUUGGGUUCAAUGGUUCAUCAAAGAAGUUCGAGAAUUUAACCAACUUGAAUUUUGACAAUUGCCAACUUUUAACACGGAUGCCUGACCUAUCUGAUCUCCCAAAUCUGGAGAAACUUUACUUUGAACAGUGUGAGAGUUUAAUUGCACUUGACGACUCAAUUGGUUUUCUGAAUAAACUUAAAAUAUUGAAAGCUCAACGUUGCAAAAAACUUCGGAGAUUUCCACCUCUCAACUUGCCCUCUCUUAAAAACCUUGAACUUUCAUUUUGUUCAAGUCUUGAGAAUUUUCCAGAAAUAUUAGGAGAGAUGGGAAAUAUUAGGGAACUUAGUUUGUCUAAACUUGCCAUAAAAGAGUUGCCAGUUUCAUUUCAAAAUCUUACUGGACUCCAUCGGUUAUUCGUGGGAUGUUAUUUUCUUCAGUUAAAUAGCAGUGUCUUGAUAUCUUCGUUGACUACCUUUCGCGCUUUUAGAUGCAAGGAGUGGAAAUGGAUAAAUUCAAAAGAUGGCGAAGAAGUGGGCUCAACGGUAUCUUCAAAUCUACGUUCGUUUGGGGUUGUGGAUUGCGACCUGAAUGAUGAUAUUUUUUCAGCAGGUUUCACGCAGUUGACCACAGUUAAGUCUUUAAACCUAUCGAGAACUAAUAUCACAUUCCUUCCUGAGUGCAUCAAAGAAUUUCACCACCUGAAUGAUCUUGAUGUGAGUGAUUGCAAGCGUCUAGAGGAAAUUAGAGGGAUUCCACCAAACUUGAGAAAGUUCAGUGCGAAAGACUGUAGAUCAUUGAUUACCUCGGGUUCAAGCAUGUUGUUAAAUCAGCAACUUCAAGAGGCUGGAAAGACUGAUUUUGUGCUUCCAGGAGGAAGUAUUCCCGAGUGGUUGGAUAGAGAAAGCAGGGGACCUUCAAUUUCUUUCUGGUUUCGGAAUCAAUUCCCUCCCAAAGUCCUUUGUUUCCUUAUUGCACCUGUACGGUAUGAUGUCCUUUUUCACUUGGUUAGACCCGUGGUGUUAAUCAACGGCAAAGUUCAAGAAUAUAAACCUAGUUAUCUUAAGGAUGUGAUAAUGGUGGAAUUGGAUCAUAUACACCUCUUUGAUCUACAUGUGUUACCGUUCUCUGAAGAUCUGAUGAAAGUGGCUUCAGAAAAGGAGUGGAAGCAUGUGGAGAUUACAUACCAAGGUUUGUUUGAUACCUCAUUCAUCAAAUCAAUGGGAAUCCAUAUAGUCAAAUCGGAAAGAAGGGGCAUGGAGGACAUUAGAUAUGAUGAUCCUAACACCACCACAAAAGUGUGCCCAUGCAACUUCUCUGUAACUUUUCUUCCUUUCUUUUUUCGCUUUUUGUUUGCUCUCAUUUUAUUUUUGACAUUGUUGAUCCAUUUGGAUUUUGUAAAUCUUUCAUCACUUUGCGUUUUCAAUCUCAGGUUUUAGCCUUUUUCUUAGGGUAGCAUUGGUUUUUUUGUACACCCAGUUGACACUAUGCGUUUAUUAAUGUCAUUGCACAGUGAAUUUUUUAUUUUUUGUUUUAAAAAAUCUUGUGGGCUUAUGUGUUUUGAGUAGGAAAAUUGU